AAAAAAAAUCACGCCGAGGUAUCGAGUCUGUGUACUUAUAACUGUAAGGUCUUUUAUUGACUGUACGAUUACGCGAUAUACGAGAUUACUGUAGGGGUGCACAGUGCCAGAAAGACACCCCCCUCCUUCACACUUGUAUUAGCAAGACUGACGGAUUAAUUCAACGCGUAGUUGACAGCUAGCUGUAGUGGAUUUACGAUUUUUUCUUUCUGUCAAGGUGUCAAGAACCUCGAGUCUUAAUAUACCUUACCGUCACGGCUGACAAACUCUAGCCUGGGAAGUUCCAGGCGCUGCCUGUUGCAUGGGUCAGUGAGUUUGUGAGACAUUACAAGUUAGCCAGCAUGGAGAAUGGAAGUUUCGAUACUUACAAGAUGUCCUCCAGGAAAACGGCGUCCCUGGCGUCCGGCUACACGACGGCGAGCUCAGCCAUGUACCAGAGUACCCUCUAUAGCCAGGGGAUCGUGACGGAGACACUGGGGGACCGCUUUCAUCAGACCAGGCUGUGGCUUCGAAACCCUGAGGAUGGGACCAUGAUGGGGAGGACACCACGUGACUGGAUUAUCUACAUUUGUAGCAUUCUGCUCUUCCUCAUUGGCCUGAUCGGAAUAUCCGUUGCAUUUUGUGCCAUCUUCUACUGGGCAAUCAACUGGAACAAACCAACGCUUCAGGGCGCCAGCAGCAUCUUACAGACUCCAGGAAUGGGCUUCAGGCCCCAGCCGGACACUAAGUCAACUCUAAUCCAGUGCUUCAAGGGUGUCAUGGAGACCUACUACCACAUCAUUGACCACAUCGAGGCCUACGCACAGUAUUACGAGAACGAGCUGCAGGUCGGAGAUCGCUACAUGGACUGCAGUGAAAUCAGAGCGCGAAGAACAGAAGACUUGGACAAAGUGUGCACGUUUGAUCCCAUGGUCUGGGGUCAGCUAUGCGUAAAACAACAGGACUUUGGUUUUGAUGACGGCCAGCCAUGUGUUCUCCUUAAAUUAAACAAAGUGUUUGACUGGGUGCCGGAAGAGUAUACCAACGAAACUGUUCCUGACGUCAUCAGGGAUGACUGGGAUCCUGAUGACCCCUGGUGGAUUCAUGUCCGUUGUGACGGAGAUGAUGAUUCCACCAGAGAAAACAUGGGAGAUCUCCUGUACUUUCCGGAGAAAGGUUUCCCUUUCAAGUACUUCCCUUUCCGGAACCAGCAAGGUUAUAGGUCGCCGUUGGUCUUCGUCAGGUUCGACAACCCGAGGCCCGGCAUCAUCCUUUUCAUCACGUGCCGUGCCUACGCCAGGAACAUCGUCCACGACAAGACAGAGAAGAUGGGUCAAGUCAGUUUUGAGCUCAUAGUGGACUAAAGUGUCACCUGGCUAUCACAGCAUUAGACUUUCUGUGCUACGUUGGUUACAGUUUUCAGCAGACGUAGCAUGUGCCAAGGUGUAGAUCCGUACGAUACCGAAUAUGGUAACGGGAAAAACAACUUUCACGAGAAUCCAAACAACACACAACAGGUGACAACAGAAGUGAAAUAAAAAAGGAAAUAAUAUUUUUUAGAAACAAUUGGAAACUAUGAAACAUCAGAACUGAAAUUAGAUCCGAAAUGAUUCUUGACGAGGUUCACUUGUGCUUUUAAAAAAUGUUUAAGUUUCAUUUUUAAAUUUCAAUUUUUAAUGUUUAUUAUGAAUGCUUCUUCUAAGUUUGAAUUUCAAUUCUUUGUUGACAUAAGCACAGGGGAAAAUAAUUUUCAAAUUUCGCAUUUUUUGUAAAUAAUUGUUUUAUCUAUAUUUUUGCUGUCUUUAUUAAAAUGUUGCUGUUUUUUCCUUGUAAACGGUCAGCUGUGUUUCUGUUAGCGACAACAAUUUAUACACUAUCCAGCCGUAAUGUUCACUCAAAACUAGAUUUGGAAAUUAUUUUAAAAAAUAUAUUUGUUUAUAAUGUGAAUAGUAAGGCAUUAUUCAGAAAUACAUUGUGACUUUAAACAUAGUUUAAACCAACCAGCACAAGGGAGAUAAACAGUACAUAAAUGACUUAUAUCCACAAUGAUAAGUAUGUUUUUUUUUAUUUUCAUGGUUUACUUCCCUUUGGUUCACAGCGGUCUCAUGGACUAAGAAUCUUAUAAAUAUUAACUACUGGCUACUGGGAGUAUUGUUGGCCUCCUUAAGACGUAACGCCUAUGGUUCAUCUCGUAGAUCCUUUUUCGUGUGACUGUGGAGCCCUAUUUUGGAGAGACACUCCCGAUCGAUACGAUAUUAUUUCAACACAAAUAAAAAACAACAACAAAUACGACAAAUCAGUAGGUCUGCCUUUUCCAAAAUGACUUCAUACAUUCACCAUCACUUUGCUAUUAUGUUUUUAAAAGAUCCAAAUCGUAUGCUUGAAUUACCAUGAACAAUGAUUCUCGAGUUCCACCCUUUACGGUGUAGGCUUAAGGCUAACUGUAUUCAUGAAUUGUUAUACGUGUAAAUAAGAACUUGAUUGUAAAGACGAUACAUUGAUCAUGUAAUAAAUGCUAUCAUAAUAUU